CGGCAAAGGGCAGCUAUUCUGAACUGUAGCUCCCCUUCGCAAGGUGUUGUCGUCUUCACUGAAAGCCACAGCGAUGCAGGCCGGUUGGCACUCCUUCCUUCGGCGGGGCGGCAAAAUCCUGAGGCUCAGUGCCAGUCUGGUGGUGCCCUCAGCGCGCGCUGGGACGACCCCCGUGAGAGCCAGGCAAAUGGCACUCUCCGCCACGCCUGCUCUACGAAGUUUCUCGACGUCUGCAACCCCUGACCUGACCCGACCCCUGCCGGGCCUUGCGAGGGCAAGCCAAGGUCAAAAUACACUCAAGGUCUGGUGGCACGACGGAGAAUCGGAUGAGUUACCUUACAUAUGGCUUCGAGACAACUGCCAGUGCCCAGCCUGUUUUCUCGAGACAGCGUCCAGUCGGGUAUCGAGGGUCACGGACCUUUCCCUCGAUGUGCGCCCGAAGGAAGUGUGUGUGUCUGAGGACGGCGCUUCUCUCCGCGUCGUGUGGGAGGACGAUCACGAGGGAACUUACAAUGCAAGUUGGCUUUACGAGCGAGCCUUCAAUCCGACGCAGCAAGACAUACACGAAAAUUUCUAUAAACUUCGCCCAGAGCUUUGGGACUCGAACAUGUCCCAGAGGAUCCCGAGAGCCUCCUUCGACGAACUCAUGGAGGACGACGCCGCACUCCUGAAGCUCCUGGAGAACAUGGAGGUCCUCGGGUUCACGGUGGUGUCCGGCGCCCGACAGGAGGAGGGGGAGCUGCAGCGUCUGAGCGAGAGGGUGUCGUACCUCGUUCCCUCACACUAUGGAACCACAUUCACUGUGAAAAGCAAGGCUGACCCAAGUAACCCAGCGUAUACCGGAAAAUACCUCGACUUGCACUCUGAUUUAGUCUUCCUGCACUACAAACCAUGCGUCCAACUGCUGCAUUGCAUCACCCAGUUCUCGGGCGACGGCGGAGACUCCAUCCUGGCCGACAGUCACCGGGUCGCCGUCCAGAUGAGGGAACUUUACCCGCAGAAGUUCCGGUUUCUAACUGACAUCCUCGUGAACUUCCGCGACGUCGCUACUGACGAAGGGUUCCAGUUCGACAUCAUAGCAAGAAAGCCGAUGAUCAGCACGACACCCGACGGAGAGAUCGAGACCGUAAACAUCUCGACAACGGGGCGCGACUCCCACUUCGGCGUCUCUCCGAAGGACGCGGUCGGCUGGUACGACGCCUACCUCAUCUACUGCGAACUCCUGUACCGCCCCGAGAACCACUUCCUCUACAAGCUGGAGGCCGGCGAAAUCUUGAUCGUGGACAACCUGCGCAUCCUCCACGGCAGGACAGGCUACCGGGCCUACGAAGGACAGCGCCACGUGCAGGGAGGAUACUGGGACUGGGACAUGAUGAGAUCUCGCCGCCGGGUCCUUCAGAGGAAGCUCAAAGGAUCGCCGUCAGGAAUGUAGGAUUCAGGGGAUUCUGCCAUUCGAAACGUCGAGAGGAAGCUUGAGCAAGUUUUCAACAUGCUUAAUAAAGAAACUUGUUUACAAAUAGA